CGGGGCGAGGAGAGAAGGGAAAGGGGAAGGGGAAGCAGUGUGUGUCGGCGCGGCGGAGCAAUGGCGGACAAGCCGAGCCGGGCGCUGGUGCUCUACGCCGCCGGCCACGCGGCGCUGCUCGCCGGGGGCGGAGGGGGGAAGGGCCACCUCGACGCGUUCGCCUCCAUCGCCUCCUGCGGCUUCCUCUCCGUCCGCACCCCCGCCGUCAACGAGGAUGGAGGGGACAAGAACAGCGGCACGAUCCUUGAGCUGGGGCAGCUGCUCGACGUGUGCGAUGCCCUCUAUCCUGCCAAGGAUGGGGAAGUUGCCCGGGUGGAUCCGCAGGAGCUAGUAGUCCCCAAGCUAUCCGAGAGGUUCAUGGGGCUGAGAGCUGCUAUGGUCACCAAUUGCCCCGGUGUUAGCUCAUUCGCGGCGAAUCUUGGUUUCCACGUUUUCGGAACUGAAGAUUUCGCCGCGCAGUCCGGUUCAGGCAGCAGUUCUAAGGACACUAGAAUAAUCGACCGGGCGUUCACUCUGCUGGGAUUUGCAGAGGGGAACGUCCAGGACGCGUCCGAAUUCGAUCUGGUGUUUGUGCAUGCCGCAAUGGAGAGCACAGCCAGCAAGCUCGGGAAAUUGGGGAUGAAGACGGAUCUCAACCGGCUUGACAAACUGGUGGCUUCAGUCAUGGAAGCUGCGCCGGUCGGUUCAGCUGUCGCCGCCCGUAUUCAUGUGUCUGUGAUCUUGAGCUAUGGAUCUGCAACAGAAAAUAAGGAAGAGGCGUGCCUCAUCGUAAACUCUUCAACCGAAACUGAUUCCGACUUGAAGUUACUCCGUCCACGCCAGAGCUACACUAUGAAAGCAGGAAAGACGUUGGAUGAUGUCAGGAAUCAUCAUCCAAUGCUACUGGCACAGUGGCAACAAGGAGUAACACGUUCCGAUUUGGCCAAAGAGUUCUCUUUUGAGGAAUUUAUAAAGCGUGCUGGAAACUUUGCUAUGCUUGCCGAGCGCUUUCUACAUGAGGUUGCAUUUAAGCUCUGGAAAGCGCCAAAAUAUGGAGCAUAGUUCUAUCUGAGGAGGUUCUCUCUUAAUAAGGCGUGGAAUCACCUAAUAAAAGGGGUGCUACACAAGUACUUCUUUCAAAUGGGUACUGCGGCAGAUAUUGCAAAUAGAUGAGUUCUGUACUCUAAGGUUCUCAUUUGGUAUCACCCAUGCUCCAUGCCGACGAUGCCGUGGUACUGGGAACUCAUAGGUUCAUUACCAGUAGUAGUUACUUCGUGGAGAUCUAUUGUGAGCCUCUCUAACGCUUUCCUUAAGUGAAACAAUGCCAUCCUUCGCAGCUUUGCUUGAAAUUUCUUAACGUGGCAGUUGUUUCUGUGUCUAGCUCUGUAUCGGCUUUGUACCAUGUGCGGAUCACUGUAAUGUAGAUGCUAUUCCUGGAAAUGAUGACCGGCUGGAGCAUCAAUUUUAAUAACAAAUACUGGAAUGUGUUUUCCUAAAGAAGGAUAAUGAAAGCAUGGCGGUACCGAUCACCUUUACUUUGCA